AUGGCACAAGGAGGAAAUGGAGGCUGGAUUCCGGUAAUGAGGCAGCGGGAAAGAGGUGGAACUCAAGGCAAGGAGGAUAAGCAUGGACUAUUCAUUGUACUUGUGGAUAAUUUACUUUCAGCUAUGGAUGCUAAAACUCUGUUCAAACUCUUCACUCAAUUUGGCAUAGUUAAGGAUGUCUUUAUACCAUUCAAAAGAAGGACAAUGUCAAACUCUAGAUUUGGUUUUGUGAGAUUUGAUUGUCCUGUAGCAGCAUACAUCACCAUCCAAAAAGCGAAUGGACUGUUGGUAGAUGAAAGGGUGCUAGAAGUUAAAAAAGCUAACAAUGUCAAGAGCAACAGAGAUGAUCAGAGCAUGAGAAGACCUCAUACCAUCAAAAGACCUCCUGAAACUAACAAAAACAUGGUUGAUGUUUCAUAUACAGGCCUAAGAUUGUUCGCUGAAGUAUAA